UGCAUACUUUUACGUACUCUAAAAACGCGUCCUUGCAAUUCAAUAAAAAAAUAAGCUUCUCCUUUGGCCAAAUCCUUGUGCAUUACACUACGAAAAGAUGCGCUCGGAUCGGCACGACGAAACAUAUCGAUUAAUAUAAAAAUAAUGUGGGUUAAUCUAAGAAUCAAACACUUGUAAUUUUUCGGUUUCGGGGCCGAAGAAAAUAUGCGAAAAUUAGAAAUUCCAGGAUAUCUCGAGAACUACAAGGACGAUUUGAAUGUCCUUUGGCAAGAUGAUAGGCCUCAUCUAGGUCCUUUGUUUGACACACGAUUCUAUAAUUUAUGGUACAAUGGACAAAAAGAGAUACAUAUAAUGGUAAAUCCCAAGGAGUUGCAAAACUUUAUAAGGAUCGUCAGUCGAGAGGGAUGGUUAACGGAGCUCUUGAUACCAAAUGUGCAAGCAUUAAUUGAUGCUGGUAACAAGCAGCCAUAAAUUUAUACAAUUAAUUGAAUUAAACAUGAAGUAUACAAA